UUCUGGGAGUCCGACGCCGAGAACAGUUCCGAAGUGGAGAUAGAAGCAGCCGCUCGUGUUUUGUUUUGCUCUGUUUUUGUUUCUGCUGGAGUGGAAGUUCGAGGAGGGGUUGACAGAUGGCAGCAGCGGACGAUGGUCAACAAUUUCUCUGCUCUCAAGGUUCCUCGAUAACGCUGAAGGAGGACGACAGCGCCUCUCCGCUCCUUACUCCGCCACACACGCCGACUCAGUGCCCGAACGGUCGCUUCCCGUUCAACGAAGACAAUUCCAGCGACAUGGAACUGCCACGGGCCCCCGUGCCCGAGAGCUGGGUCCGUCAACCACACCUGCAGAUGCAGGCGUUCGGGUUGUGCAUCAGAGAGGAGGACGUGGCCACGUCGUCGGCUUUCAGGCCGUUUUGCAGCUCUUUGCUUCCGUGCCUGCCGCCCCCAGAGCCCGCCAACUACCCAGCACUGCUCUGGCUUUACGGGCAGGCCGCAGCGCGGUUCUACGCCCCCGGGGGGAUGCCGGAGACCAGGCCGGCGCCCGUCGUUACGAGGUGUGCGGCGGCGGGAACAGGUCGCACUGGGGGCGGUGGAGGCGGCUCCGGCCCUCGCGCCGCAUCGGCGUCUCGCCCCAAGAAGCAGUUCAUCUGCAAGUUCUGCAGCCGGCAGUUCACCAAGUCGUACAACCUGCUGAUCCACGAGCGCACGCACACGGACGAGCGCCCUUACUCGUGCGACAUCUGCGGCAAGGCGUUCCGACGCCAAGACCACCUCAGGGACCACAGGUACAUCCACUCGAAGGAGAAGCCGUUCAAGUGUGGCGAGUGCGGGAAGGGGUUCUGCCAGUCCCGGACGCUGGCCGUACACAAGAUCCUGCACAUGGAGGAGUCCCCGCACAAGUGCCCGGUGUGCAGUCGCAGCUUCAACCAGCGCUCCAACCUCAAGACGCACCUCCUCACGCACACCGACAUCAAGCCCUACAAUUGCUCGGCCUGCGGAAAGGUGUUCCGGCGCAACUGCGUCCGGUUGCACGAAACUGUUUCGCCGCAACUGCGACCUCAGGCGUCACGAGAUGACGCACUGCGACGCCGCGCUACUCGAUCUGUCCGUGAGGACACCGCCCCCGGUUCCACUACGGCCGCUAGAACCGCCGCCAGCCGUGAGGAAGCCGACUGGUUUUACUAUAGCGGACAUUAUGAGGCG